AUGUGCAAAUCUAAUUGGUUACAAUUAACAGCAAAUCACAAGACAGCCGAUAAAAUGGUUCAACGAAAAAAAUCAAUAAUAUCUCAAAACAAAUUCAUUAAACAAUUCAAAACGUUUCAAGCAACAUCGACAUACGAGCUAACAGACUUGUGUUUGCGUCUGUGCUCUAGCGAAAUCAACAUGAAGCGCACAUUUUCAAAUGAUGAAUUUGAUGCCAAUGGCGACGGCAUCAGUACCUUAAACUCUCAAAUACCCGAUAUCGCAAAAAAAAGUCGUUCAGAACCUGCAUUGCCUUCCCGUGUUGUUCAUGUAAGAAAUAUUGAAGCAAGCGAUCUUGAAGUUGUUCAACUUGGUCUUCCGUUCGGUCGAGUAACAAAUUUUUUGAAUCUACGUAAAAAAGCACAGGCUUUUCUUGAAUUCGAUCUAACGGAUUCUGCUAAGCAAAUGGUUGAUUAUUUUUCCUCGGCACCAGCUAUGCUUAAUGGUCGACAAAUCUUCGCACAAUUCUCCAAUCAUGGAGAGCUUCGCACUGAUCCAACAAAUCGAACUAAUCAACAAGCACAUGUAGCAUUGGCACAAGCAACUGAUCUCUAUGAAACAGCACAAAAAGGUGGACCAAAUUGUGUCUUGCGUAUUAGCAUCAUGAAUAUGUUAUAUCCUGUUACAAUCGAUGUUUUGUACCAAAUCUUUGGCAAAUUUGGUACUAUCUUAAAAAUCAUAACAUUUACUAAGAAUGAUAAAUUUCAAGCUUUGAUCCAAACGAAAGAUCCUAAUGGAGCUGCGCAAGCAAAAUUGCAAUUGCAUGGUCAAAACAUUUACAAUGGUUGUUGUACACUUCAAAUUGAAUAUUCGAAAUUACAUUCACUGACUGUCAAAUUUAACAAUGAUAAGAGUCGAGAUUAUACCAACCCGACUUUGCCAGCAGGUGAAGGUCAUGCAUUACAACAGCAACAUGAUUUAGAUCGUAUGCAUUCAAAUCCUAAUCUUCUUUCAUUACAAAGAUCAGGUUCCAAUGAGGACUAUCGUUACGAUUACUACGGAGCUGCCGCUGGUCGUGGCAGGCCACCGUCAACACCUGGCACACCCAGUUAUGACAUGCAAGGUGGUGCUAGUCACUUGAUGAGUCCAUUACAACCUCCAUCAAAUGCCUAUGGUUCAGUGCCAGGUGUUCCACCUCCUCCCUCACCAUACGGUCAUCCAUAUGGAUCUGCGCAUCAUCAAAUUUCACCUAUGCAUGGAUUACCACAUGGCCAUGCGUCUGCAGCCAGUGCGCACAUGCAUGCUCUUCACCAACAAGCGCAACAACAAAAUCCACACAUGAUGUCAGUUCAAAACGGUCCAGUUAUAUUAGUAUCGAAUUUGAAUGAAAACAUGACGACUCCAGAGUCUUUAUUCACACUAUUCGGUGUCUAUGGUGAUGUGCAUCGGGUAAAGAUCUUAUUUAAUAAGAAAGAUUCCGCAUUGAUUCAGUUUGCCACACCACAGCAAGCACUUGUUGCCCAUCAGAAUCUUGAUCAUAUAAAUAUGUUCGGUAAACAAAUUAAAGUUUCCUUUUCCAAACAUCAAUUCGUCCAAAUGCCCAAAGAUGGCUCUUCGGACAUGGGUUUAACGAAAGAUUUCACGAAUUCUCCAUUACAUCGGUUCAAAAAGCCAGGCUCGAAAAACUACAAUAAUAUUCAUCCGCCUGGAAAUGUUCUUCAUCUAUCCAAUAUACCAAGUGAAACCACCGAAGACGAGAUUCGAAACAUAUUCUCUCAAUAUGGCACUAUCAAACGAUUCAAAUUCUUUGAAAAGGAUCACAAAAUGGCAUUGAUCGAAAUGGAUACCAUCGAAGAAACGAUCGCGGCGUUGAUUAAUACCCAUAACUAUCGUCUAGCAGAUUCCAUGCAUCUUCGUGUUUCGUUUUCCAAGAGCAAACUGUAA